AUGGAUAGACCUGAAUCUACUUAUGAAGCACUCCAUACUAUGGUUGCUAAGCAAUCAGACCAAAUCAGUCUCGACCUUAGCACGGAAGUAGCCAGGAUAGUGGAUGGCCUAGAAUCAUUGGCACUACGAAAAACGCCCACGCCCCGCUUCACCCUCUUCUCUUCAUUUCCACCUGAGAUUCGAGAUAUGAUAUGGAGUUUCUCAUUGCCCUCUGAUACGCAAGAGGUGUGUCUCUUGGAGAAAGACGACGAUGGCAUGAUUAAUACGUCUCCUAUAAUCUGGGUAAAAUUCCCGGUAAUUAUGCACGUGUGCCAAGAAGCUCGGAACUUAGCUAAAUUGUACCUUCAAUUCCGUUAUUGGGAAGAUGGGAAAUGUUGGCUACCAUGUCGAAAUUUUCGCCCUGACCUGGAUAUGUACGUCCUUACACCAAAAGCCCCGCUGUCCUCUGAAAUAGCGGCGACGCUGCGGUAUGUAGCUCUCGAUGCUCGGCCAAAUAGGGAUAGACAAGUCAUGUUCUUGAAUGCCCUUCCACACCUCAAGAAUCUGGAGACGUUGUCGCUCAUGUCCACUAUACCGGCAACGUUGGAAGCUUACCACAAAAAGCACAAGCUAAGGCCGCUAAGGAGAGUGACCCCAAUCACGUUCCCCGAGCAAAUGCUGCGUUGGAUUAUCCGCUGGCGCGAGAGUCUGAAUAACCUUGCAAAGAAUCGCCUAUCCGUGUGGGACGACGACACCAAGGCCGCAUUCUGGGACGAAGAAAAGCAAGCUCUCAAAAUACAGAUUAAGAUUGAUCUCUUAAUCCACUAUACCUGAGCACCUGAAAUCUACUACUACCUACCACUGGGGUCGAUUUCACUCGGCUAGAUCAUACUGAGUAUACCUGUACCAGAGCGGGUUUCCCGGUCAGAGCCUGAUGGCUAGAGUAAUUCUAUGGAUAGGAG